GUCACCUUGGUACAAACAGCUUUACAUCGGAAUGACAGAACGGGAGCUAAGUUUGAGAUGGAAAGAACACGUAAUGUGUGCUGGGAAGCGAAGAAGAGGGGAUAAAGGGAGACGGAACUUGUAUACGUGGUUGAGCAAAGUGGGCGUUGAACAGUAUGUAGCUUUACCGCUGGUGUUCAGUGAUGACAGGAAGGAACUUGAAGCGAUCGAAAAAUCACUGAUAAGAAGUUGGUCACCCUCGCUAAAUACAAGGAUGAAGAAGAAUAAGACCAAGAGUAGAAGAAGGCGAGGAAAGAAGGAACGGAGACGAGCGAGGGGUAAGAAGGGAAUCAGCAUUGAGAAGUACAUUGAAGAAAAGGAUGGGACGUCGGCACAAUCGAGAAUCCUUACACUGCGGAUUGACGGGGUGGCGGAUGAGACGGCGAAAAAGAUGGUUAGUGAUGUAGUGAAAUUGAAGUUUGGAGUGAAGAUUAGCCGCCGCGUGGUCACGAAGGUUAGGUUUGAUGAUCGGAUUAAGAAAGGAGAAGUGAUGAGGCUCGUGAAAAGGAAGAUUGGGGGUUUGCCUCUGGAUUGUGCUGUGAAGGAAAUGGUGAAGCAACGCACCCGGGUAGUGUGGACGCGGGGUCCAAACGUCGGGGACAUAAUCCACAAUCAUCGCCAGUAUGCAGCGAGUGGGGUUGCUAGGUGCAUGUGCACCGAAUCGUCCCUUCCAAGGGAAGAGGGACAUGCCCAUUUUCGACUGAGUACAUGGGAGGAGUGCCCCGUGAUUGCGAGGAAUGCAAGGAAUAUCCCAAAAGAAUGGAGUGAGGAAUCUGUGAAGAGGCUUCAAGAGGAAGUGAGGGCGUUUAUUCACGGGAUUGACUGGUUGAACAUGGACAUGAGUAGGAUCGAGAUCACCGAGGGAGAUGUGAAGACUUGUAUUGAUGAAUCGAUGGGAAGGGGGACAGGUAACAUGGGAUCAGUUAUCGCACUAAAAGGGAGGUUAAAUGGGUAUGUGUGUACGCCCUUGGACAGGAACCCAGGUGAGACACUCGUUAUGUGUGCUGAGGUGUACGCCUUGGGGAUGGGUAGCACUUUCAUUGCAAACGAUGGGUAUGAGGUGCAGAAGGAGGAGGAGUGUGAGAUCAUUGAAAGGUUGGAAGGGGAGUAUCGUGGCAAUGGUUUUUCGAAGAAUGCGGCAAGGAAAACUUUUGCCGCGGAAUUGUUUCCGGGACCCCACAUGCCCCGGAAAAGGUCGUGGAAAGGUUUGGUUUACUCCGCAGAAUCAUUCCGUGGGGCCCCACAGGCCGCGGAAUGUGGCGUGGAAAAGCUUCGGAAACCGUUUCCACAUGGUCUGCGGCAUGGAAAAGUGACGCGGGAGGGAUUUCCACCGCAAUUUUGUGCUGACUCUCAAACGUUGGGGGGCGGUGCAUCGCGAAGGUUUCCAAGGUCUCCAUCUCAGGCGGGAGUAGAAGAUGUCCGAGCGGCCUACACUGAUUUGUACAAUAUUUUGGAUGUAUGGUGGGAUGGGGUGUUUCAUCCGGCGGUGCUGACGGAUGAGCGCAUCUUCCAGAGAGAAGCUUGGAGCUAUAACAUAGACUCGGGAUCCGGACAAUAUCUCUCUCGUGAAGGUGUCGUGAUGGAUGAAAUGUUCUGGGCGUAUUCACAGGACAAUUUCCUUGUCCGUUCAGCCUUAGAAAGGGCUGUCUUUUCUGGGACUCCUUACGCCCUGGAAGCUGGAGGCAACCCAUUUCUUCUUCACAACCUCAAUCAUUCAGAAGUCAAGGCCUUCCAUGCCCGCUAUUACCAUCCUUCAAACUGUCUCAUAUUGAUGUAUGGAGAUGAUGAUCCGACUCAAAGGCUGCAAUAUCUAGGUGGUCUACUGUCCAAUUUUACGUUGAAUGAAGUUGUUCAAAACAACGGACGCCUUCAACCUAUCCCGAUGAAUGGCUUGGCACGCAUAUCCAACAUAGCCUUCUACAGGAAUGUGGUCCCCCAUGGCCUGUACGGGUACGUCUGGGUUCUUGACAACAGCUUUGCACUGGACAUGGAGAAAAGACUGGAGCUGAGAUUACUCGACGCCAUACUUGACAGUCUUCUAUUCUCUCCUGGAUCGGUAUUGAGUCCAGAUUUGGUGUUGAUGUCAUUCAUUGAUCUUGAUAGUUAUGCGAGUCCCAUCGCCGCCAUUCUUUUUCAUGAAUCAGAUGAAAAUGUUGAGACGACCAAGGCAGCCAUCUUGCACACCUUGCAACGCAUUGCAGUCGCAAAGCUUUCAGAUACGGCCAAAGAGCUUAUGCAAGCCUCUCUUCUCACGCUACGAGAUGACUACAACGAAUUUUCGGACGAUAAAGGAGAGACGUACUUCAACGAUGUUGUUGCAUUUUGGAAGCGGAACGGGAGCCUGCUGUCUCCGGUGAAUGUUUCGGCAUCUUGGAGCGCAGUGUUUCAGAACUUUGAGACCUUGGGCGCGAGCAUUCUCUCGCAGCUUGUCAAUGACGUUUAUGUGGCGAACACGAACCGAGUAGAAGUGAGCCUUGGGGAAUCUCCCCAAAGCGUGCUGGCCGAGCAAGAGACGCAGCAGAAAUUACUGAACGAUGGAGGGCUAACGGUGGAAGCCGCGAGCGAGAUAGUGAACAACAGCUACGCACUUGAGUUGUUUUCAAAGCCAGCAGACGCCACGACCACAGCAGUGCUGCCCGCUCUCGAUCUAAGUGAUUUGAUGUUCAGUCUUCCUAAGCCAAUUGACAAGAAUCAACAUGGACACAGCAGCGCGAAGAAGAAGAAGAAGGAGAAGGAGAAGGAGAAGAAGGAGAAGGAGAAGAAGGAGAAGAAGGAGAAGAAGGAGAAGAAGGAGAAGAAGGAGAAGAUGAAGAAGCAGAAGAAGGAGAAGAAGAAGAAGAAGAAGAAGAAGAAGAAGAAGAAGAAGAAGAAGAAGUGGCUGCCAAAAGGGGGAAGAUAUGGCAGCGCCUAACCCCAUAAGCACAGAUCUGGUGUCACCGGGCUCAGCGCCUCAAGCACCUGCUUCAGCGCUGACUCUGAGC